UAUAAUGAGUUUUUUCAAGGGUCCCUAUUUGUUGUUAUAUUCUUAGAUGGAUGAAUCUACUAAUUCCGAUCUACGUUUAUCAAAACGAAUUCUCCCUUUAGACAUUGCUGUUGUUAGUAAAAUUGCAGCUGGUGAAAUUAUUCGGAGACCUUGUAAUGCUUUAAAAGAGUUAAUUGAAAACUGUGUUGAUGCAGGUGCUACAUCAAUUGAUAUUUUAGUUAAAGGUGGAGGACUAAAGCUUCUCCAAGUAUCAGAUAAUGGACAUGGAAUUAUGAAAGAGGAUCUUCCUAUUCUUUGUGAACGUUUCACUACAUCCAAGUUACGUACAUUAGAGGAUUUAUCAUCAAUUUCUACAUAUGGAUUUAGAGGAGAAGCGUUAGCAAGUAUUUCUUAUAUAUCUUUCUUAACUAUAAUUACAAAAACUACUGGUUCGAGUUGUGCAUGGGAAGCUAACUAUCUUAACGGAAAACUCAUAUCACCCAAGUUAGGUGAAUCAUCAAAUCCUAAGCCAGCUGCUGGAAAGAAAGGGACUCAGAUUGUGGUUAAGGAUUUAUUUUAUAAUACUCCUUCUAGACUGAAAUCCUUUUCCAGUGCCAACGAUGAGUAUGUUAGAAUACUGGAUAUUAUUUAUAGAUAUGCUAUUCAUUGUGAGAAAAUAAGUUUUUCAUGUAAAAAUUAUGGAGAUACAGUACCAUCUAUUUCUAUAUCAUCUAGAUCAACUGUGGUUGAAAGAAUUAAACAAUUAUAUGGAACUACUGCUGGUUUUGAGCUUUUACCUUUUUCAUUAACUUCGCAGGAUUAUAUGUUUCAAGCUCAGGGUUUUAUUACAAAUACUGCUUAUAGUGCUAGAAAAACUGUCUUUUUGCUGUUUAUUAAUCAUAGAUCUGUUGACUGUAAUACACUCAAAUCCAGACUUGAAUCUAUUUAUAGCAGUUUUUCGUUGAAUUCUGGUUAUCCAUUUAUGUAUAUAUCAUUGGAAAUAGAUUCUUCUAGAGUUGAUGUAAAUAUUCAUCCUACAAAACGCGAAGUUCAUUUUUUUAAUGAAAAUGAAAUUAUUGAUCUUAUAUGUGAUAAAGUUUGUUUAGAACUCUCUAAAACUUAUUCUUCAAAGGAGCUUUCGAUACAUUCACUUAAAACAACUACAAAUUCUUCAAAUGCUGAUACUGAUUGUAAUUCUAUAGGGAAAAAAGGUUAUGAUAAAUUUCAUGUUCGUACUGAUGCGAAAUUUCGAACAAUUACAUCUCUUCUUAAUGUUAAUAGUUUUAAUUCAAAAAAAGUAAAGAGAAGUAAUUCUAUAGAAAAUUUCUAUCAUGAGCCUUUAUAUGAAACGAAUAAUAGAGAAAAGGUUGUUGUUAGACUUGCAAGUAUCAAGGAAUUAAGAGAUGAAGUGUUGGAUCGGAGAGAUGAUGUUUUAACUAAUAUAUUAAUGAAUCAUAUUUUUAUUGGUGUAGUUGAUGAGGAAAAACAAUUGGCUGCUAUACAGUGUUCUACAGAACUAUAUUUUGUUGAUUAUGGGUCUCUUUGUUUUGAACUUUUUUAUCAAAUUGGAUUGGCUGGAUUUGCUAAUUUUGGAACAAUAAAAUUAGAGCCAGAAUUGUUAUUAGUAGAGUUGCUUGAGAUAUUAUUAGAAAGUUUAGAAUGUGAUCCUGUGGCUUCAAAAAAAAUAAUAGAUGCAUCUAAAAUAAUUAUAGAUUAUAGGGAAAUGCUUUACGAAUAUUUUUCUUUUGGUGUUACAUCUGAUGGUAAAAUAUAUUCCCUUCCUUUGCUUCUUAAAGAUUAUAUUCCAAAUAUUGGGAAGCUUCCCUUAUUUAUUUAUAGACUUUGCAUUAAAGUUAAUUGGAAUCAAGAAAAGGAAUGUUUUUGCACUUUUUUAAGGGAAUUAGCUUUGUUUUAUUCUCCCGAACCUUUAUUUCAGAAACAGUAUGAUAUUGAAACUUAUGAAAAUGAAAAAAAGAUUCUUUCUAAAGCUCUAGAAUGUGUCUUGUUUCCUGCAUUUAAAAAAAGAUUAAUUGGAACGAUUGAGCUUUCUCGAAAAAGGAAUGUCGUUGAAGUAGUUACUUUACCUAAAUUGUAUAAAGUAUUCGAAAGAUGUUAAGACAAAAAACACUACAUGUUAAAUGCAAUGUUUAUAUUUGAAUU